GUGACUAGCGACAGCGAGACAGUCUUUGCGGGAGCCGCCUUCAGUUGCUCCCACGUGCAGUUCAGCUCGUUGAAUUUUAACGAGUUAAAUAUUAAGAAGCAAUUGUACGAUUUCUGUUAGAAUGAUAUUUUUUAAAAAUAUUUCUCUUAAAAAAGUAAUUGUUUAACAAGUGAAGAGAAAAUAAUGCGCCGCAAUGUUUGUCGCGAGAAAUGAAGUAAAAUUAAAUAUGCUAUAUUGUUUGUUUAUCGACGCGAUACAGUUUGGAACGACUUGAAAUACAAGAAUAGACUGCAAAUAUUUUACAGGUAUACUACUAAUACUCGAAAGAUUAAUAAAUUGAACAGAAAACAAGCUACGAUGGGACUUAACGCCGAGCUCACUGCUAUACUUCGAGAUGUAGUACAAUUUUUGGAAUUUCUUCGCGAAGUCAAACUUCCAACCAGAUUGGAGAAUAUUCGGGAUAAUCUGUUGAUACGUUCGAAAGACACGUUAACGAUGUUCGUGAUAGAGAGGAUCGGAAGAUCGGCUUCACCGGAACCAUAUUUGAAUAUGAACGCAGCUGGAUCAAAAGGUUUAAUGGUAACAUUAAAAACAGAAACCGAGUUGCAAGAAUACGUAGGUGCAGAGGAACACGUUCAGAAACAACAGCAGCAGCAAGAUUAUUAUGAGGCGUUUCAAGGAAUGGAAUCGACGAAUAAUACUACAAUUGCGAUUGAUGAAACGAUCAAUAAUCGUCAAACUAAAGAAGAAAUUGAACAUACACUGGUGAACAUGUACGCGAAUUUUUCGGCAACAGAAACGAAAAGUAAAUGUCAAUUAUGUGGUCUUCUUUAUAGAAAGGAAGGAAAGAAAUUAUUUGUGUUCGAACAAUAUCGAUCGUGUUGGGUCGGUUUAGUUGGAUUACAUUUGUUAAUUUAUGGAAGCGAUCGAGACAAUCGUCCAUGUACGAUUUUACCAAUUCAUGGUUAUAUGGCUCGAGCUGCUCCAAAUGCAAUUCCUCGAGAUCAACGUCGAAGCGAAUCUACUUUUGAAAUCUUCCGUCCUGGUUGCAGAACUUUUCAAUUUUCUGCCAAAAAUCCGAAAGAUAUGGAACAAUGGAUAACAAAAAUUUGUGAAUUAGGAGGUGAAAAAAAGAUAGAGUCCAAAGAAUUGACAAAAGAAGUAGACAAUAUUGUCGCAAAUAGUAUUACCAAACAAUCAAAUGAUUCAAUUCAAGAAGAUUUGAAUUCCAAAGAAGAACGUUAUCAAGAUGUAGGUUCGCUAGGCGUCAAUGAGCCUCCUGAUAAAUCUUCAAUCAUUUCGCCUGUUGCCAAUAAGGAGACAGAAAACAGAGAAGCAAACGAUUCUUCUAUAAAGGAUACUUUCCACGUAUCCACUGAUUCUUCCCUCCCUCAAUUUUCCAAUAUUUCUGAUACUGUCACUACUUCUCGUUUACAUUCAACAUCUCCUCCUCCAUUACCUGCUCGAAUCCCUCGAAAAUUAUUGACUAUAUCUGUUCGAAAUUCAUCUUAUGAAUUUCCCGAUGAAGAAGAGGAUGAUAUUUAUCAUAAAAUUGAAGAAGUUAGAGAUACAAUACAAUAUGGAAAUGUUGGUGAUACUUUUCAAUCUCAAAUUAAAAUAAGCGAUGAACAAUCGAACAAAAAAUCCACAACGUAUGAUGAUGUUCGUGCGAGCAUAAAAAGCGGACAUAAAUCUGAUGAUAAACGAAAGAAGAAAGAGAUUAAGAGAAAAUCAAUUGCCUCACGAAAUGAAUUAACAUAUGAUGAUACUGUCAACACCAUGUCUGAAGAUAAUAAAAUUGAAAAUGAUGAACAAAACAAACUUGUAUCUUACGACAAUGUUGAGAAUAUAGUUUUGAAUACAAAAUCGAUCAAGGCUCAAACAACGAAUAAAACAGAUGAACCAUCAAAAUCACCACAAAAGAAAUCGUUUUUGAAUAGAAUGAGAAGCAAAAAAGAAUCUCCAAGAAAAAAUGAAAAAAAAACUAAGUGUAAAACUUCACCACAACUAUCGCCGUCUGUAAAUAAUCAAGAACUAUCCACUUACUAUGAUGAUAUAUCUGAUCUGAUGAAUAUUCAGCAAGAAACAAUUCGUGUCGAAGAACAACAACCUGAGUAUACUUGUCCACCUCCACCUAGGCCGAUUUAUGCAAAACCACCGAUAAUCAACGAUGUAAUCGAUACGGAUCAAUUUUAUGAUGAUGUUGCAUAUCGAGACAAAUCUAAAAAUUAUAAAUUACCUCAACAAACUACAAAGAAUCUCUCUUCGGAUUUUGUUCGCACGAAUAUUAAUCGACCCGUUCUUUGCGAAAACAUAAAUUAUUCGCAAGGAUCAUCACUUGUGGAUAACGAACAUUAUAAGAUACCACCUCCGCGAUCCGAGUUAUGUUAUCCUAAGUCUCUUCCCAUUAAUCAACAAGUAGAUGAUCUAUAUGAUGAUAUCGCUAUUCUCGCAGAUUUUACAGCACGACAAAAAGAAAUUUUAAAUAACAAAGAUCAUGAAAAUAUAAUAAGAUUGCAAAACAGCCCAGAAAAGAGGUCGUGGAAUAGAUUUGUUAGCGGAAAAAAAUCAAAAAUAAUUGAUUCAAUGAUUGUUGAAACGAAUGGACGAGUUUUAACCGAAUUAGAAGAUUUAUCGGAUGACUGUGGCGAACAACACACUUCAUUGAGAAUGAAUACCUUUCAAAAAUUGAUUAGUAGAAUGGAAAACUCUCUUGGCAAAACAUCUGCUAAAUCAACAUCAUCAAUGUUAUUAAAUAAAACGAAUAUUACAAAUAAUGUUUAAUAUUU